GUCGAGGGGUCUUCGAACUACAGGACAGGAGAAAAAGUUCAACAACUCUACCUGGUGACUUCUUGUGGUAUUUUGAACAAAGCGCCAUGGUAUCAUGCGAAAGUUCGUUAAGCGGCGGUGGUAUUUAAACGCGGAAUAGAAAGGAUAUACGCACAGAUUUAUUAGCAUACAGUUUAUAAGGGAAAGGGUCUACUGCAGUAUACAGUUCCACUACAGUCGGAUGUGACUUACUGUAUCACAGUCUUUUGUUAAGAGCUACGUUUCCGAAACGGCUGGUAGGCUUUCUCGUAUGGAAAUGUUCGGGGUUAUCCAGCAAUAUCUCUGAGGCGACUUCGGGAAUUUAUUUCACUGCAAAUUGUUAUACGAAAACUUGGUCAUUAGUAACGGUCGCCGUGGAAAGAGACGAGCCAUUGGACACCAGAUUUGUGGGAAGAGCAUCUCUCCCUCACUGAGGGGUGGGUGGAGCCAUAUACUGUAGGAGGGGCAUGUAGGACCCACCCACUCCAAAUAUGGACAACGAGUCUCAAUACUCUGGCUACUCUCACAGAUCUUCGCACUCACACAGCUCCAGAAAGCACAGAGACCGGAGGGACAGACAUCAGCGGUCGAAGAGCAGAGAGAGCAGCAGGGGACACAGGACAAAGCAUGGACAAAGUCAAGGUGCCCCACUUCUGGAUGACCAUUGGGCAGACAACGCCACCAUCAUCACAGCCACGUCGGAGCGCAGUGUCUCCCGCGACGACAACCUCAGCGCCCUCGGUGGCGGCGGCGACGAGAUCGAGGAACUCCACGUGUCGCCCCCUGGUGGCCGGCGCCUGGCGGCCCUGUGCCGGGUGCUGCUGGGCUGCGCCCUGGGCCUACCGCCCCUCCUCUCUCCACCCACCUUCAUCCUCCUCCCCCGCCUGCUGCUGUGGAUGAGCUGGACGUCAGGGGACGGGAAGGGGGAGGGGGUCUUGGAUGCCACCCAGGCCCCAGUGGAGGAGUUGACGGCAGAGGGCCUCUGCGCGCAGCUCUGCGAUGGGGCCCACCUGGCUCUGGCCGUGAAGCUGCUGCUGCUGCUGCCCUCCAGCUGGGCACUGUUCCUGUGGGAGCCUCUAGGAGGCGCCUUAGUGCCGCGUGCGUCCCGGCCGCGCUGGCUUCUCCGCGUGCUGGUGCUGCUGUGCGCUGCCUGCCACUGGCUACUCUACGGCGUCAGAGGGGUGUGGAGGCCGGGGGCCGAGCCACAAGGCAUCGUGGGAUUGGCGACGGCGUGCACAGACGCGCUGCUCUGGCUGCAGUAUGCCGGCCUGAUGCUGCUGGAGGUCUCGACCUUGAACCAGCACGUCUUCUGCCUCAAGGUCAUGCGUAGCACUGAUGGAGAGAGUCGCUGUUACAAUGUGGGACACCUUAGUAUUCAGAGUGCUGCUGUGUGGGUGCUGGAGCAUUACUACAGAGACUUCCCCAUCCACAACCCCAACCUGCCCAAUCUGCCCAAAGCCAUCCUCUCACGCAAGAUGACCGGUUUCAAGCUCUACUCUCUGGAGGAAGAGAACAGCAGUGUGGGCACCUGCACGAAUCCUCCUCCAGCACUGAUGGCCUCGGCCCAGUGGAGACGAAACUGCCACAGCGAGCUCUACUACGAACAGGCUGACUACGAGCACCGCGUACGCAAACGCAAGGCCAGGCUGGUGGUGGCGGUAGAGCAGGCGUUCUCACAGGUGAGGCGGGCGGAGGAGGGCGAGGCCCAGAAGCGUCAGCAGGGGGCGCUGGACCCGCGUGAGGCGGCACAAGCCAUAUUUGCCCCCAUGGCCCGAGCGCUGCAGAAGUACCUCCGCACCACUAGGCAGCAGCACUGCCACAGCAUGGAGGCCAUCCUCACACACCUGCAGUUCUGUCUCACGCACAACCUCAGCCCACAGGCCUUUCUGGAGCGCUACCUGAGCCCAGGCCCAACGCUGCAGUACCAAGCUGUGUCCAGCAGGAGGCAGGAGUGCGGAUGGACACUUCAGAGCGAGCUGUCCGUCACCUCUUCCCUCUACGGGGGUGUGGUCUUCUCUUUGCACCGUCCACAGUUUUCCCUGGUUGUCACGGCAACACCCCUUCCUUUCCUUCAGCUGGGGGAGAAGUUUGUAAGCCCGAAAAGCCACCGCUUCAUUCUGAGAGUCCAGUCCGAGACCUCUGUGUGAGAGACAGAGGACGAGGAGAAGGAGAAAGAAGUUUAACACUCUAAUAUGAAACCAAUAUUCAGAUAUUUAAAUAACUACAAAACAAUCAGAUCCUGAUGUGUUACAUCCUCAAAGAGGAGAAAGGAGGAGUUAGAUCAAAUGAGAGGGAGAAGAAGGAGAGAGAGGGGGUAAAAGAAAGAGUGAGGAGGGUGGCGGAAGAGGAAGAGAGAACACUGUGGGCUUCAGAGGAGAAGAGAAAGGGAGGAGGAGGAAAGCAAAGCAAAAGAAAAGAGGAAAUGAUGAAAGACCUCCAUUUAAAUGGUGGGCAAAGUGUAAAGUCUAAAAGCUAAUCCAAAAGUGAAAGAUCAAAGUCACCGCACACUGAUCACUAUUAACAUAGGUUUUUUAUUUGGAGCGAACAACGCAUUUCGCUAAGCGAUUCAUUCAGGUUCGCAGAGCGGAUGGUCUUGGAUCUAACUAAUGCUAAUCCUCAUUUCAACAAGGGCCCAAGGAGAGGGAUGAGGUAGCCUGGCCCCGCCCUCCUAGUAUCUCCACUCAUGUUCAUCUCACUGAGACACUAGUCUGCCUCCUCCCAGUGCGUUCACGUUUCCUCAGCUGCCAGCCUGGUGGGCCAAUCAGCGACGUGAGGGGAUGACAUUAGAUGGGGAAACUCGACUGCGGCUGUGUGGUAAACGGUAGCAACAAUAGCAAUUCCCGCAAACAUAACAAAAUUGCAGUCAGAUGAAUGUUUACAUUUAUAGAGCUUCAGAGAGGGAGGGAGAGAGAAAGAAAGGGUCUCUGUCUGAAGGAAGCAUUCGUCAUCCUCCCACUCGGCACUGAACUCACAUCUGACCAAUGGCCUUCUGCGCAGUGAUGUCACAUCCUGUCCAGCUUCAACUUCCCCAUUCUCUCGCCCCCGCGGUCCCGACUCCUGCUCACACAGACUUUAAAACUGAUCUGAGGGCACCGCUCGCUCUAAGCAGCCGCUGGGGAGCAGGCUGAGCCUGAACCAGGACCUGCUUCCAAGGACUGUGUGUGUGUGUGUGUGUGUGUGUGUGUGUGU